AUGCGAGGAAGGUUUGACGAAGCCGCGUCGCUCGCAACGGCUCCCAGCGCAGAACACGGGGUUCGGAAUCCUAAGGAAUCGGCUCCCGUGUUUAUCCGCGCGGCUGCGACGGCCAACGCAGCCGCCAUAGGUCUCAGCAUCGUGACCGCCGCGCCUUGCCUCCCCACCGUUUCCCCCGCCUCCGCCGCCGCUUUCAACCGCGUUGCUGACGUGGCGGCGGCGGGGCUGCCGGCGGAGGUUCUGCCGCCGAUCGCGGCGGUGAAUACGGGCGACGUGUGGCCGUCGCUGUACCACUCGGCGCAGUUCUUCUCGUCGUUCCGCUCGCUGCCCGUUCCGAUCACGUUCGACCAAGGAAGCUUCGCGGAUCGAUCGGGCUUCGCCGCGCCGCCGCUAGUGUACACAUACCCUUCCGCUGACGUCACGAGUGACGCGUCGGUGGGGACUAGUAACGAGCCGCUAACGGCUCCCGCAGUCGCUGAAUCGUCGGCAGUUCCGGCAUCCCUGCCGGCUAAUCUACCGGCUGCACUACCGACCGCACUACCGGCCGCCUUACCCGCUUCUCUCCCUGCUGGAAACUAUGUUCUGCCCGAGCCUACUGCUGCGGUUUUGCGCAUGUCCCCCUCUAGGGCUGCGGUGCCCAGUGCGCCUGUGUCGCUCAAUUACUCCGCUCCCGCCGCGUCCGCGGAUGCGGGGAAGGAGGCGGCGGGUCCCGCGGGCGCGGCUGCUGACGUGGUGUUCGGUGUCAAUGUGUCCGUGUUAAAAGCCGCCUUCGGAACUGUGUUUAAGCUCUUCGGCAUCUGCGCGUUCGUGGUGUGUCUGCAGAAGUCGGGCAUUCUCCCCAAGUCCACGCCCUCUGUGCUCAGCCAGGUCUCCUUCCGAGUGCUCAUCCCAUGCUUCCUAAUGAGCAAGGUGGCCGCCACUCUCUCUGGCGAGUCCCUGUCAGCCCUCGCAGUGCUGCCGCUCAUUGCUAUUCUCCAGGUGUUAGUAGGCACGGUGUUGGGCAAGGCUGCGUGCCUCGUGGCCUUCCACAAGCCCUCCAACUCGCUGUCGCUGCCUCUCGUGUUCCUCACGGCGCUGCUCAGCCAGGUGGACGGCGACAGGGCAGCUGGCUACCUCGCUCUCUUCAUGAUGGGCUGGCAGCCGGCGCUGUGGACGAUUGGCUACAGCAUCUUGAAGGAUGCUGGCAAGCCUGCUGGCGGUGUGAGCAGCAGCAGCAGCACCAAGCCAGCUGCGACUGUUGUUGCUGCUGGUGGUGGUGGUGGUGUUGGUUCCGUGCGUGCGUGGGCGAGCAACGCUGUGGAGUGUGUCUCUGGCGUGGCUAAGAAGGUGUUCAACCCGCCUAUGUAUGGGGUUCUCGUGGGGGUUGUUAUCGGCACCACCCCGCUCGGCCAUUUCUUCCUGCCUGCUGCUGCUGAUGCUGCUGCGGCUGCUACAGCUGCUGCUGCUGGCUCAGGCGACCUGCUGUCCUCUCUCCUCAGCCCUGCUACAGCCGGAGUGCUAAACCCUCUGUUUGGGGCAGCAGGCAUGCUUGGGGGAGCAUGCGUGCCAGUGCAAACCAUCAACCUCUCUUCCUCUCUCGCUAAUGUGCCCUUUGUCCCUUCCCUACCCGCCCAUUCUUCCGUGCAGGCAGCAGGCAUGCUAGGGGGAGCAUGCGUGCCAGUGCAAACCAUCGUCCUCUCUUCCUCUCUCGCUGACGCCCUCCCCUCCAACCUCUCUUGGCCCAAAUUCCUCCCCGCGCUCCCCAACCUCCCCACUCCUCCCAACCCCUUCGCAAACCUCCAAAAGUCCCUCUCUGCCAAAUUCCCCGCCCCUGUCUUCCCUGCUGGUUCCCCCCCUCUCGCCGAUCUCCACCACCUCCUCCAAUCCCUCCUCACCCCUUCGUCCUCCUCUUCUUCCUCUUCUCACCCCUCCUCCUCCCCGUCCUCCUACUCCUCUUCCUCCUCUGAUUCCGCCUCCUCACUUUGGCUCCUAGCCCGUUUAGUCCCCCACCAACCAUUCCUUGGGAACUCCGUUCUAGCAGCUUCCUACUCCACUGCUGCUGCAGCUGCAGCCACCGCUUCAGCUGCUUCAGCAGCUGUUGUCGCCGGUGGCGCCACUGCUGCUGUCCUGGCCGUCCCAGUGCAAGGGAGAGUGGAGAGGGGCGCGGAGGUGUUGGAGAGGGGUGAGGAUGGGUUGAAGCAGGUGCGGUCGUGUGAGGCCGAGAGCAACACCGAGGCGGUGGGAGGGGUGGCGAUGCUGGGGGAUGGGGACGUUACGGGUGCACUGGAGGUGAAUGGGCUAGAGGCGGUGGAGUUAGAAAUGGAUUUGAGCAUGGGCCAGGGUGCUGCCAUGCACCUGGAGCGACCAAACACUGAUGCUGCAGCAGCAGCAGCUGUAGGGGACGCUGAUGCUGCCGGUCCUUCCACUGCAGCAGCUGCCGUGGGAGAGGAAGUAGCAGCGCCUAUUCGCCCUGUUGCUCCUGCCAUGUCUCCUGAACUGGCAGCUGCGCUGGCUCCUGCUACUGCUGCCGCCCUCGCCCCUUCUUCCUCCGCUGUGUUUGCCCAUACAGCAGCAACACCAACCGCCACGGCACCUGAAUCCGUUGCCACUGCCCGCGCCGCAUCUGCUGUUGUCGCUGCCACUGCUGUACCUGCUGCUGUUCCUGCUGCUGCUGCUGCUGCUGCUGCUGCUGCUGCUGCUGCUGCUGCUGCGGUAGCUGCACCUGCCACCGCACCAACUUUGGCAGGGCCGCCAGCAGACCUGCUGGACAAUCGUGCGCUGGUAGUGGUGUCACUCGUGCGCCUGCUCGUCUCUCCCAUCGUUGGCAUGACCAGCAUCAUGGCUCUCUACCACGCUCACCUCAUUCCCCAGGACCCUAUCUGCGCGCUUUGCCUCAUGGUGCCCACAGCCAUGCCGUCAUCUCAGAGCCUCGUGGUUCUCACUCAGCUGAGUUCUAAGACGCGCCCUCUAGCAGGAGUGCUCGCCUCACUCAUGCUUCGACAGUACGCCCUGGCCAUGCUACCCAUCACUAUCUGGGUCACCGUUUUCCUCACCAUCCUCAACAUCCCCAUGUGA